UUGGCGGCGCGGCUAUCGCACUGCGGCGCUACCCGGAGCGCUGCUCUUCGUUGUUGCCCCUCCUCUGCCGCCACGUACGCUUGCUUGCUCCAGUGAUAGCCAUGGCACGGUGCAUGACAGGUUGCAGGGUAGUCCGUCAUGAUCCUCUGCCUGCUGUCAUCGUCUUGAUCCUCGUGCCUCCACUGAGUGCCGCGCCGUCCCGUCCCGCCCGCCCCGCCAGGGACCACACUCCAUCACAUCAGCGGGGUGAGAUUCUUCUCAUCUCCACCCAACCUAUCACACACUCAUCAUCAUCCAUUACCCCUCCAUUCCCUUAUGUUGGCUUACGUUAUAUCAUAUUUUUUCUCGACUUAAUCUUUACAAUUACAUAUUUGUUUGUUUGUGUCUCUGUUUGCGUAUGUGUCUGUGUUCGUUUUUUGUUGUCGCAACAACAACAUCAACACCAACAUCAACAUGUUGAAACAUCCACAGCAACAACAGCAGCAGCCGCCCAGAAGCAGACGACGAAAGACGUGUGACGAAAGCUCUCAUAACGAGAGGAAAAAAAAAAAAAAAAAAAAGGGUCAGGAGUUAGAAAAAAAAAUAGGGGUGCGCCACCCGCCAUCCCCACUGCUUAUCUAUUCUGGUUCCAUGCCGCGCAGCAGAGCGCAAGCCCAUGGCAUCGGCGGCGGCGGCGGCGGCAGCGGAGCCGCGUAGUGUAUUGUAUACCCCUGCGCCGCGUCGAGUGCGUGCGUAUAGGCCUCCCGACGCCUCACCUCAGCCUCCGCCUCCGC